CUCACCCCACAAUCGAGAUGAAACGGAGGAAGCCGCGGCGCGCCGUCGCUCGCCGGCGCCGCCACGGUCCGGGGGACGGACGUCGGCCGGCGCGCGCGCCCGUCAUGCCUCCGCCCCAGGCGCCCCCGCGCGCGGCCUGCGUCUCCACUUCCAAGGGCUCUUGCCGGCUGCCCCUGUCGGCGGCGGGCGGUUGCCCUCGCCGUUCCCCUCGACCGGCGGCGAUUUGUGGCGAAGAAGCUCCUGUCCAGGUGAACAGCAAGCAUCCUUUCGGCCGGCGCCUUGGUCUAUCUGUUGGUGUCCUGCCGCCGACGAAGAAAACCCAAGAUCACUGUGUCCUCAACUAAGAGCUACCUUCCUGUGCUUGAGAUCUUAAAGAUUCCCCUUCAUAUUACGCAGUAAGUUGGUGUAACUAAAUGCAGCUGCAUCGUGCGCCACUCUUCCGAUUUGUAGCUCCAGAAUACAAAAGAGGGGCGUUAUUGGAUCUCAAGACUUGCCUCACCUGGCCGCCAUUUGCAAGGGAACAAUGUCGAACACUUGCCUCCUCCCAGUUGUAAUCGGCGGCGUCCUCCUCCUCUCCGCCGGCGAAUGCAGCUCCCAGCUCGCCUCCGGCGACCGCGACACGCUCGUGGCUAUCAGGAAAGGGUGGGGGAACCCCCGCCGCCUUGCGUCGUGGGAUCCCGACUCCGCCAGCGACCACUGUAGCUGGGAUGGGGUGACGUGCUCUGACGGCGGCGGCGGUGGGGGGGUGGUGACGGAGCUAUCCUUGUCUGACAUGAAGCUCACCUGGACGCUGCCCGCGGCGAUGUGCGACUUCGUGAACCUGACUCGGCUCGACCUCUCCAACACCGGCCUCCCCGGCACCUUCCCCGGCGCGACGCUCUACCGAUGCUCCCAGCUCCGGUUCCUCGACCUCGCCAACAACACCCUCCACGGCGCCCUCCCGCGUGACAUCGGCAACCUGUCCCCGGUGAUGGAGCACCUCAACCUGUCGUGGAACAGCUUCUCCGGCGCCGUGCCGCCCGGGGUGGCGGCGCUCCCGGCGCUCAAGUCGCUGCACCUCAACAGCAACCGGUUCACAGGGGUGUACCCGGCGGCCGAGAUAGGCAAGCUCGCCGGCCUCGAGUGCCUCACGCUGGCCGACAACGCGUUCGCGCCGGCGCCCGUGCCGGUGGCGUUCGCCAAGCUGACCAAGCUCACCUAUCUUUGGAUGUCAGAUAUGAGCAUCAUCGGCGAGAUUCCGGAGGCGCUCUCCAGCCUCACUGAGCUUACGCUGCUCGACCUGUCUUCGAACAACCUCACCGGUGCAAUUCCGGCCUGGGUGUGGCGGCAUGAGAAGCUCGAGUGCCUCUACCUGUUCAACAACAGCCUCACGGGCGAGCUGCCACGCAACGUCAUGACGGAGAAUCUGAUUGAGAUCGUCUUGUCUAUGAACCAGCUCAGAGGAGAAAUGUCGGAGGAUUUUGGUAACCUCAGGAACCUCACUUUGCUUUCUCUUUACAUGAACAACCUCACCGGCACGAUCCCGGCGAGCAUUGGGCUGCUUCCCAAGCUCAGCACCAUCUGGCUGGAUAACAACAAUCUCUUCGGCGAGCUGCCACCAGAACUCGGGAAGCACUCACCGCUCAGCAGCAUCGGUAUCUCCAACAACAACCUCUCCGGUCCGCUCCCGGAAACGCUAUGCGCCAACGGGGAGCUCUACGGCAUUUACGCCUCCAACAACAACUUCUCUCGCAAUCUCCCGGCUAAUCUCGGGGACUGUGUUCUGCUGCAGGAACUCGUGCUCGACAACAACCGAUUCUCCGGCGACUUCCCGGAGAAGAUAUGGCUGCUCCCAGAGCUAGAAAUUGUAAUGAUACCGAACAACUUCACCGGAGUCCUGCCAGCCGUGCUAUCGUCCAAUAUCCAGCACAUUGAGAUGGGGAACAACAUGUUCUCCGGCUCUAUCCCGAGGACAGCGAUCGGUCUGCUUGUUUUCACGGCGGAGAACAACCAGCUGGACGGUGAGCUCCCGGCCGACAUGAGCAAGCUCGCCAACCUAAUUGAAUUGAAAGUGCCUGAUAAUCGUAUAACUGGUCCGAUACCUGCAUCCAUCAAGCUGUUGCUGAACCUAAAAAGUCUUAACUUGUCUGGUAACCAACUGAUUGGUGCCAUAUCUUAAUGUUCCUAUCUCUCUCUGUGCAGUUUGCAGUUGUGUCACUGAUAUAUGAGCCAUAGCAAAGUGGGUCCACAUGUUAGUGACGCAACUGCAAAAUGUAUAAAGUCAGAGGAUCCACUUCCGAGUCCGGAUUUAUACUUUGUAUGCUAGGUCAUCAACCAGCGCAAUAUAUAUGAUCAUUAUGUUUUCAAUUUUUUCUCAAGCUUCCAAAUGAUUGUACUAUCAAAUCUAUUAUAUUAUUAAAGGAAUAGAAAAAGGAGCCUCCA